AUGGGUCACAAAGCCGCAAAGACGGAUCAACUGGCGGCGCACACCGUUGAGCCAACCAAAGAUAGUAGAAUCACGUCUGAUUUCGGCACAAAGCAGACAAACACAGAUGACUGGCUACGGGUCAACAGCAAGGACCAGAUAGGCCCAAUGCUGUUGGAGGACCCUUUCGGGCGCGAAAAGAUCCAUCGGUUCGACCAUGAACGUAUCCCAGAGCGAGUAGUCCACGCCCGAGGUACUGGAGCAUUCGGAACAUUCCGUCUCUUCGAAUCUGCCGAAGACGUUACCCAUGCCAAUGUUCUCACUGAUACGUCCCGCGAGACUCCCGUCUUCCUUCGCUUUUCAACCGUACUUGGGAGUCGCGGCUCAGCCGAUACCGUCCGUGAUGUGCGUGGCUUCGCUGUCAAAUUCUACACACAAGAGGGUAACUGGGACAUUGUGGGCAACAACAUCCCCGUCUUCUUCAUCCAAGACGCCAUCAAGUUUCCCGACCUCAUCCAUGCCGGAAAGCCAGAGCCUCACAAUGAAGUUCCACAAGCCCAGUCGGCUCAUAACAACUUUUGGGAUUUCGUCCAGAUGCACUCUGAAGCCACGCACAUGUUCAUGUGGACCAUGUCGGAUCGCGCCAUUCCUCGCUCAUACCGGAUGAUGCAAGGGUUUGGCGUUAAUACAUAUACACUCACCAAUGCCGCUGGCGUUCGUUCAUUUGUCAAGUUCCACUUCACUCCAGAGCUCGGAGUGCAUUCUCUUGUGUGGGAUGAGGCACUCAAGCUUGCCGGCCAAGAUCCCGAUUUCCACCGAAAGGACCUUAUGGAAGCCAUCGACAACGGAGUGUACCCCAAGUGGAAGUUUGGCAUACAAGUAAUUGAUGAAUCAAAUGAAGACGACUUUGACUUUGACAUUCUCGACGCCACAAAAGUGUGGCCGGAGGACUUGGUCCCCAUUCGCUACAUCGGCGAGCUCGAACUGAACAAAAACGUGGAUGAAUUCUUCACUCAGACCGAGCAGGUUGCAUUUUGCACCAGCCACGUCGUCCCCGGAAUUGGCUUCUCAGAUGAUCCGCUUCUUCAGGGCCGUAACUUUUCCUACACCGAUACUCAGUUGAGCCGCCUGGGUACCAAUUGGCAAGAAUUGCCCAUCAACAAGCCUGUCUGUCCCGUCAUGAACUUCAACCGUGACGGCGCCAUGCGACACACCAUCUCCAAGGGCAAGGUCAACUACUGGCCCAACCGGUUCGAAGCACAGCCACCUGCGACCAAAGAAGAGGGCGGCUAUGUCGACUACCCGGAGAGAGUUGUCGGCAUCAAGGAGCGAGCAAAGAGCGCCAAAUUCAAGGAUCAUUUCUCUCAAGCGCAGCUCUUCUUUAACUCCCUUUCCGAAAUUGAAAAGUCGCACAUGUUGGCGGCAUUUUCAUUUGAGCUCGAUCAUUGCGACGAGCCGAUCGUGUAUGAGAGACUUGUGAAACGGCUCGCCGACAUUGAUCUCGGCCUCGCGCAAUCCGUCGGUAAGAUGGUGGGAGGGGCAGUGCCCGACAAGGCAGGACAGGCGAAUCACGGGAAGAAGGCCAAGGGUCUCAGCCAAAUGGAGUAUCUUCCAGAUGAACCGAUCAUUGCUUCUAGGCGAAUCGGCAUUAUCGUGGCCGAUGGAUAUGAUCCGAUUGCCUUCAAUGCCAUCUAUGGAGCAAUCCAGGGAGCCAAAGCCAUCCCACUUGUGAUUGGUACGCAUCGAUCUGAGACGUUUGUAGAUGGAGAAAGCCAAUCUGGCAAGGGCAUUGUUCCAGAUCAUCACCUGGAAGGCCAGCGCAGCACCAUGUUUGACGCUCUGUUUGUGCCGGGAGGAAAGCAAGCUAUUGAGACGCUUUCCAAGAAUGGCCGAGCGUUACAUUACAUCCGUGAAGCGUUUGGUCAUCUCAAGGCUAUUGGGGCUACUGGAGAAGGUGUUUUGUUGGUUGAAAAGGCACUCCAGUUGCCAACGGUGGUGACUUCGAGUGAUAACGAAGCUGUGGAGAGCUACGGCGUGGUUACACUCAAGAGCGUGCAUCCCGAACGAUUGGGUGAGUUGGUGUCCGCUGCGAAGAAUGCAAAGGGAUUCUUGGAUAAGUUUGUGUAUGCGAUUAGCGUCCAUCGUUGCUGGGAGCGCGAGAUUGAUGGGCUCAGCACUAUGGUAGCAUAUUAA